AUGUCUGGGAGCGCCGCCGACAGCGAGCCUCAUGGCCUCAAAGGAAAGUUUGGCCACUUGCGCGAUAAGCUCAAGGACACCCAUCUUCACGAUGUCAAAGUCAAGGCGACUCAUAUGAAGCAUAAGAUUGGCAAGUUCGGCAACCUGGUCAAUCCGAAUCAUCGUCACGACGAAAAGCAUGAGCAGGAGACGGAUGAGAAGAGAAGUAGGGUUUGUGAGAACCACCGCUUCAACUCAUUUGCGCCUGAGAGGGACGGAAACUUGAUCAAGUGGUAUGUCGAUGGUAGAGACUACUUUUGGGCCGUCUCAGUUGCGUUAGAGAGGGCCAAAGAAACUAUCUACAUAGAGGACUGGUGGCUGUCCCCAGAGCUUUUCCUCCGUCGUCCCCCUUUCUACAACCAAGAAUGGCGUCUUGAUAGACUUUUAAAGAAGAAAGCGGAAGAAGGCGUCAAGAUCUACAUCAUAGUGUACAAAGAGGUCUCGGCGGCUCUCACCUGCAACAGCCAGCACACGAAGAAGGCCAUUAUGAAUCUUUGCCCUGUGGGUACUCCUGGAUAUGGCAACAUCAAUUUGAUGAGGCAUCCCGAUCACAAUGUGCUCGAGAAUGCUGGUGACAUGACCUUCUACUGGGCUCAUCACGAGAAAUUCCUCGUAAUAGACUAUAAUUUGGCGUUCAUUGGCGGUCUGGACCUUUGCUAUGGGCGCUGGGAUUACAGACAACACCCUUUGGCCGACGUGCAUCCUUCUGGUGUGCAGAAUGAGAUCUUCCCGGGCCAAGACUUCAACAACAACCGCAUCAUGGACUUCCAAAACGUCGAAGACUGGAAAUCUAAUCAACUCAGCAAAGCCGAAUACGGUCGUAUGCCGUGGCACGACGUCGCUAUGGGCGUCAUUGGGCCGUGCGUCCUCGACAUCGCCGAACACUUUGUCCUCCGCUGGAACUUCUGCAAGCGUGAUAAAUACAAACGCGAUGGCCGCUAUGAUUGGUUGACUCUAGAAGGACGAGAAGGCGCGGACGAAGAUCUCAUCGGCGUACAACGACCAAAGUUCCCGGUAGGAGAAUACAUACAUCAUCCCUUGAGCCUAGUCAGCACGAAGAAUCUUCGAAACCGGGGUACUGUACACGCACAGGUCGUGCGAAGCAGUGCGGACUGGAGUAGCGGGAUUCUUCCUGCGGAACAUAGUAUCCAGACUGCGUACUGCGACACCAUCCGCAACGCGCAACACUAUGUGUACAUUGAGAACCAAUUUUUCAUCACUGCGACUGGAGAAGAGCAGACCCCUGUACACAACCAAAUCGGACGUGCCAUCGUCGACGCCUGCGUCAGCGCUGGCCGCGAAGGUCGCAAAUUCCGGGUGAUCAUAGUGAUUCCGGCUAUCCCAGGCUUUGCUGGUGAUCUGCGCGAAAGCGCUGCCACAGGUACGCGAGCCAUCAUGGACUACCAGUACAAAAGUAUAUGCCGUGGAGAGCAUAGCAUUUUCGGUCAGAUCAAGGCUCAAGGCGUGAAUCCCGAGGAACACGUCUUUGUAUUCAAUUUGCGUUCCUACGAUCGACUCAAUGUUACCGCCAAGCUCAAGGCACAGGAAGAAAAGUCAGGAAUGAAGUACUCCGAACUUCAACGCGCAGAGGCAGACGAGAUCACGGCACCUGCUGAUGCUGGACCUGAAGCAAAAGAAGCCGCGGCCGAGAAGAGGCGGCAAUUUAUGGAUGAAUCUGUCGACGUGGGCAAAGGCGAUGAAGGCGGAAUCAUCGAUGCGGACUCGAUAGCUGAUAACGCCAUGCUGAACGACAAGUUGGUCAGCACCGAAGAAUGGGAUGGUGAGCCAGAAGAUGAGAAAGAGAAUUUCUUCCAAGAGGAACUGUAUAUCCAUGCGAAGGUUUGCAUCGUAGACGACAGGACCGUUAUUUGUGGAAGCUCGAACAUUAAUGAUCGCUCACAACUCGGCUACCACGACUCCGAACUCAGUAUAGUCAUGAACGAUACAGACUAUAUCGAGAGUACAAUGGACGGCGUCGCCUUCAAAGCCGGACGGCACGCCGCAACUCUUCGCCGAAAUCUCUGGCGUGAGCAUUUGGGCUUGCUCCCAGCUCAAAGCCUCGAUGCCUCGGAUGAUCCAAACGCACAGCCUCCGGGCGACUCGCCCAAUGACAACUACGAAGGGGCUGAGUACGAGUUCGUGGCAGAUCCGCUUUCUGACCGGGUGUGGGAGAUGUGGACUGGGAAUGCCUCCACGAACACCAGUGUAUUCCGCGAUCUCUUCCAUGCCGAUCCUGAUGACACCAUCUUGACGUUUGAGGACUACGAUAAAUUCACGCCCAAUCCGAAGGGUGACAAGGAACACAAGCAGGGUCAUUUGUAUGACAAAACCCGUCCAGUGGCAGAAGUGCGGAAGGAACUAGACAGGAUUAAAGGCCAUUUGGUAUGGAUGCCUAUGAAGUUUUUGCAGAAUGCAGAUAUGGCCGAAAAAGGCUUAACGCUCAAUGCCUACACUGAGAGUAUCUACACGUAG